CAUCAGCGAGUCAAGCAGCUUUGGUCACACCCUUCCCCCGCCUACAUGUCCCCCCUCCCGGGACGAGAGAGGAGCUUUAUACCGCCCGCCAUGUUGACAAGAGCAAGAAGUCAGAGUCAGAGACGUGUAAAAGCGAACUAAACUACACAUUUACGGGAAGGGUUAGAAACAACAUUUAUCCAACAACCACAACAACAUUUAUCCAACAAACACAACAAACAAGUCAACUUUCCUGGUAUUUUUUUUUGUUUUGGAUAAUAGUGACUUCUUUGAUCGUGUUGGUUUGUAUAAUUCCUUGGAUAUUAAUUUACUCUGGAGAAUAACUCGGGGGGGAAAAGGACAUGGUGAUGGCGUGGCUGUGUGUGUGUCCAGCUCUGUGUUUGUGGAGAUGGUUCUAACAGGCUGUGGUCUGUGAGGACUGUGGAACACACUGCUGGCCCGCGGAGGCACCCUGAACACACACACACUCCGUGACACGGUGGCCACACACACACACACACUCAGUGACACGGUGACAACGCAUACACACACCCAGUGACACGGUGACACACACAGCGCUGCCGGUGCAGCGAGAACGGAUUCGGACACACAAACUGUUGACUGUGUGUCCCAGUCGUGGUAGCGUGUGUGUGUGUGUGUGUGUGUGUGUGUGUGACCACCACCACCACCAUGCCGAGCUCCACUAUCAGACGUUCUGUGAAGAACAUGGUGAACAACUACUCCGACGCGGAGAAGAAGGUCCGAGAGUCCACCUCCAACGACCCCUGGGGCCCCUCGUCCUCUCUGAUGUCAGAGGUGGCCGACCUGACCUACAACGUCGUGGCGUUCAGUGAGAUCAUGAGUAUGAUCUGGAGACGCCUCAACGACCACGGGAAGAACUGGAGACACGUGUACAAGGCUCUGACGCUGCUCGACUACCUGAUUAAGACGGGCUCAGAGCGUGUGGCUCUGCAGUGUAAAGAGAACAUCUUCGCCAUCCAGACUCUGAAGGACUUUCAGUACAUAGACAGAGACGGAAAAGACCAGGGAAUCAACGUCAGAGAGAAGAGCAAACAGCUGGUGGUCCUGCUGAAAGAUGAGGAGAGACUGAAAGGUGAGCGUUCCCAGGCUCUGAAGACGAAGGAGAGGAUGGCUCAGGUCACCACUACAGGGGCGGUGACACCGGGUCAGGGUUUUGGCCGAGGUUCGUCUCAACCCAACCUGUCGACCUCCUACAGCGAGGAGUACGGCAAGUCGGAGGGGUCACCUGCAUCUUACCACGGCUCCACGUCUCCGGUUCCAGGCUCAGAGUUGGAGCAGGCCCGCCCCCAGACCAGCGGAGAGGAGGAGCUACAGCUGCAGCUAGCCCUGGCCAUGAGCAGAGAGGCUGCAGAACAGGAGGACAGGAUGCGUCGGGGAGAUGACCUGAGACUCCAGAUGGCACUCGAGGAGAGUCGUAAAGGAAAAGCCCUGGGUGUCACCGGCUCUGGAAAACUAGCCAAGAAGAAGAGAGAGGCCCAGUCCUCUCUGUUAGAUCUGAUGGAUGUUCCAGAAUCGGACUCGGCCGACCCCUGGGGGGCGAGAGGAGGAGGAGGAGCUGCCGCCGCACCAGACCCCUGGCAGGCCUACGGUGCAGCCCCAAAGCCAGUGGCUCCAGUAGACCCCUGGGGGCCCCCGUCCUCCUCUGUUUCCCCCAUGAAGAGCAGUGAUCCCUGGGGAACCAACCCUGCUCCCGACCCCUGGGGUUCUGGAGGAACCUCCUACGCAGGUGAUCCUCUAGGUGAUGGUCGGGGUCUCUCCUCCCUGACUAGUGGUACCGGGGACCUGUUUGACCCUCUGUCCAACAGGAAGACCCCAGAGUCCUUCCUGGGUCCUAAUGCAGCAUUGGUCAACCUGGAUUCACUGGUCACCAAGCCUCCUCAGCCUGCUCCUAUUGUCAACCCCUUCCUCGCUGCCGCAGGAGCCGCCCCUGUAGCCGCCCCCAGGCCAACCCCUUCCAGAUGGGCCAGCCUAACCCCCUACCCUAAACCAGAUGAGGGUCAGCCCUAUGUCAGGCCUGAGUCUGGGAGGGGAGCAGGGUUCAGCAGCUUGUCCUCCAUGGUCGACCCUCUGCCCCCCUGACGGGCCACAUGGUGCCCGGGGUUGGAGGGAUGGGGGGUUUCCCGGCCUCUAUGCCUCUGACCCAGCCCCUCUUCGGCUCAGCUCUGCCCCCCA